AUGCCCGCGAUCUAUAUCGACAAGAGCCGUCAAAUUGCACCAGUGGAUCCUAGAAUCUAUUCUGGUUUCACAGAGCAUGUGGGAAGAUGUAUCUAUGGAGGGAUCUACGAGCCAGACAACAAACAUGGGCUUUCUGACCCCAAUACUGGUUUACGAAAAGACGUUCUGAGCGUUCUCAAGUCUCUCAGUGUUCCCAUUUUUCGGUAUCCAGGAGGAAAUUUCGUCAGUAAUUAUCGAUGGCAAGAUGGAAUUGGUCCCAAGGAACAUCGUCCUCGUCGGCCAGAACUCGCGUGGUUAACUGAAGAAUCGAAUCAAUUUGGAACCGACGAAUUUAUGACUUUCUGUCGCGAAAUGAAUGCCGAACCUUACAUCUGUCUCAACAUGGGCACUGGUACUCUCAAAGACGCAUUGGCUUGGUUGGAAUAUUGCAAUAGUUCCGCUAACACUUAUUACGCCAACCUUCGCCGAAAAAAUGGUCAUGAAGAGCCUUACCAUGUCAAGUACUGGAGUUUAGGAAACGAAGUGUGGGGACCCUGGCAGGUCGGGCAAAUGACAGCGGAAGAUUACUCCAAGAAGGCGUAUCAGUGGGCAAAAGCAUUGAAGUUGUUGGAUCCGAGCAUAAAGCUCAUCAGCUGUGGGGAAACUGGCUACGCGGAUUGGGAUAGAGUGGUCUUGAAGAAGCUUGCUCCUGUCGUUGACUUUCACUCUAUCCAUAUCUAUACCGUCAGUCAAGGCGACCACGCUAUCAACGUCAUGGGUCCGGCGGCGGCAGAAAAAGCAAUCGAAAUAACUAAAUCUCUCACUGACCUCGCUCUAAUCGAGGCAGGGUUGGACAAGGAAAUCCCUGUUUGCUUCGACGAGUGGAACGUCUGGGAUCCAGUCCGUGCGCCAGGGGAGAAAGGUGCUGAAGAGCGUUACGAUCUGAGUGAUGCUCUCGCCGUGGCGUCUUGGUUAAACGUCUUCGUCCGGAAAGCCGAUGUGGUCAAAAUUGCUUGUAUCGCCCAAUCGGUCAAUGUCAUAUCUCCAAUUAUAACUUCCCCUACUGGUCUAUACAAACAAACGACAUUCUAUCCACUUCACCUUUUCUCAACGCUCAUGCACGGCACCUCCCUAAGCGUGCACGUUGAAUCGCCCGUGUACGAAGGCAAGACGGUCCCUUCGUUUGUGAAAGAUCUAUCACCCAAGGGAAAAGAAGUUGGUGGCUCGAGGGAUUUGAGAAAAUGGAUAGACGUUUCGGCUGUUUUCUUGGAACCUCUUUCGGAGAUCCGUGUAGCGAUCGUGAAUCGUCACCCAACAGAUGAUUUUGAGGUUCCAAUCCUGUUUGGUCCUCGAACGGAGAUUGUUGGAGGGAAGGUGAAAGUGUAUGAGGUUUACUCGGAUCAUUUGGAAGAUACAAAUGGGUUUGAAGCCGAUGGAGGAGAGAAGGUGAAGACGGCUAAGAAAGAGGUGGAUCUAGUAGAAGAGGGAAAGGAUGGAAUCAAGUAUGAGGUAAAGAAGCAUUCUUUCCAAGUGCUUGUCUUUCAAACGAAGGCGUAG